AUGAAGAGGGAAUUGGACAAGGAAGAUGACAUUUUCAAUGCCACCACGGACAAAAAUGGAAAGCAAAGAUUUAGAAAGCUUCCACCAGCACACUAUACGUUUGAGAUUGAGUCAUUCUCUUCGCUUUUAAAGACUAAGAUGGAAAAUUAUGAAACGAAAGAUUUUGAAGUUGAUGGCUACAAAUGGAGAAUGGUCCUCUACCCAAAUCGGAAAAGUAAGAAGGAAGGUGGCAGCCGCCACAUAUCUUUGUUCUUGGCAGUCACAGAGCCUGCUGGUGUUUCUUUUGGUUGGGAGGUUAACAUUUCUGCCACAUUCUUUGUCUUUGAUGGAAUUCGUGACAGAUAUUUAGCUGUUCAAGAUGCUGAUCAAAUGUACUGGCGCUUUCACAAGUUUAAGACCGAAUGGGGUUUUCUUGAUUUUCUUUCCCAUGACACUUUGCGUGACCCUUCCAACGGCUUCCUGCUUGAUGAUCGAAUCAUAUUGGGAGUGGAGGGAGAUUCAAAUCCAUCAGGGACGCAUCUCUCUCUUUAUCUCCAUUUAGAUGAUUCAGAAAGUCUUCAUACCGGCCGUAAACUGUACGCAAAAUGGUCGCUUAGAAUAAAGAACUGCACAAACCGCAAUCACUACGAAAAAGAAGAAGCGGAACAUUGGUUUGAUUCCCCAGGCCAAGGGUUUGGUUGCAUAGAUUUCAUGUUGCUAAGUACUCUUAAGGAUCCAUCCAUGGGCUAUCUGGUGAAUGACUGCAUGAUAAUCGAAGCAGAGUUUAAUCUCAUUUCUGUGGAGCUGCAGAUAGCUAUGAAAAGGGACACUUCCAAUGCCACCAUUGACAAAAAUGGAAAGCAACGAUUUAGAAAGCUUCCACCAGCACACUAUACGUUUGAGAUUGAGUCGUUCUCUUCUCUUUUAGAGACUAAGGUGGAAAAGUAUGAAACUAAAGAUUUUGAAGCUGGUGGCUACAAAUGGAGAAUGGUCCUCUACCCGAAUGGGAAAAACAAGGAAGAUGGCAGCCGUCACAUAUCUUUGUUCUUGGCACUAGCAGAGCCUGCUGGUGUUUCUUUUGGUUGGGAGCUUAACGUUACUGCUACUUUCUUUGUCCUCGAUAGAACUCGUGACAGACAUUUGGCGGUUCAAGAUGCUGAUCAAUUAUCCUGGCGCUUUCAUAAGUUUAAGGCCGAAUGGGGUGUUCUUGAUUUUCUUUCCCAUCAAGCUUUGCACGACCCUUCCAAUGGCUUCCUGGUCGAUAAUCGAAUCGUAUUGGGAGUGGAGGUAUUUGUUAUCAAAUUCUCUGGUGCAGGAGAGAGUCUUUCAUUCGUCAAAGAACCUGCGCAUGGUCUAUACACAUGGACGAUUGAUAACUUUUCAACAUUGGAUAAGAAUUUGUGCUUUUCUGAUGUGUUCAUUGUUGAAGGAACAAAAUGGUGCGUGUUGAUUUUCUGCGUUGUUAAAGCAGUUGCAUUUGCUUGA